UGUUGACCGUAUGUAAAUACGCUACACGAAUCGGAUCCGAAAACUUCAUGCAACUCGCGCGCGGCGACACUUUGGAGACAGCAAGCUGCGGCUGGCAACUAACCACCCUGUCGUGAGCCCCAGACCAUGAAUGAUCCGGAACACAGCCAAGGGACAGGACGGUUGGGACAAGCCACCGGCAGCAGCCAAGCCCGGCCCCGAGGGCCCGCAAGGCAUGGCUGCUGUAGCGACACCUAGAGGACGGCCCAGCAACGAGGAGCUGCUGCGCAAGCCGCCCCAGGAGAUUCUCCGCUGGCUGCAGAAAGUCGAAGCGGAGAACCUGAAGCUUAUGUACGAUCAUGGUGCAAUGAUGCAAGAUGUCAACCGCCGCAUGCAGGUGCACCUGAUGGAGAUCCGGCAGCUGCGUGAGGUGAACGAGCGGCUUCAACGCGACAGCCAGGAACUGCGCGACCUCUGCUGCUUUCUGGAUGACGACCGGCAGAAAGGGCGAAAGCUGGCGCGCGAGUGGCAGCGCUUUGGCCGCUACACGGCGUCCGUCAUGCGCCAGGAAGUGUCUGCCUACCAGGGAAAGCUGAGGGGCCUCGAUGCACGGCAGCAGGACCUAAUCCGCGACAACAUCCAGCUCAAG